GUACAGAAACAAACCGACUGCAUUUUCAGUGUUUUCGCACAGCGCAAACGCGGGGGAGUCUUUUUUUCAUGGAUUUGGGGCAAUAAAGUUGUCCAAAACAGCAUUUAACAGGCUUACAGUAGCAACCCAUAACAUAACACAAUAAAAUGGAGACAGAACACCGGCUUAAAAAGGUAAGUGGUGUUCAAUUUGAUGGAAAGUAACGCUAGCUAGCAUGGGUAGCACACUAUCUAGCUUGCUAGCUAGCAUAGCUCCCGUUGUAACUAACACAUUAAUAGACGCUAGGUUCCUUCAGUCCAUUAUUGGGCUAGUUGUAACGUUAGAGUAGCUAUGUUAUGUAGUCAAAUAUAUUUAUAACUAACUUACCCUAUUGAUUACAUUUUACAUUUUAGUCAUUUAGUAGACGCUCUUAUCCAGAGCGACUUACAGUUAGUGAGUGCAUACAUUUUUCAUACUGUGAUGUAGCUAUGUAUUUUGUUUGCUAACUAGCAAAUCGUUUAGUUAGGCAGCUGAAUAAACCACUUCACUGUCCCUAUUGUAAUUGUUGUGUACUUUUCUAACCAAUUUCUUUCCACAGAGAUCCUAUGGGAAGGAGGAGAAGUCUGGAUCAGAUCAUCCCUCAGAGGAGGAUGACUAUGUUCCAUACGUACCUGUCAAAAUCAGGAAGCAUGAAAUGGUAAACACACAGUCUCACUCUCUGUUUGUUAUUCAUCCCCUGUAAGUGUCAGACUGUGUGUCUGUCUGUCUGUCUGAGCCUGCUGCUGACAGACAUGGUUUACCUUUGACAGCUUCAGAAUGAGUUGUACUGUAGAUCCACCAAACACAAUGACCCAUAACUCUCCUCCCUGCCUCUCUCUCUCUCUCUCUCUCUCUCUCUCUCUCUCUCUCUCUCUCUCUCUCUCUCUCUCUCUACCAACCUCCCUCCAUCUCUCCCUCCCUUGCAACCAACCUCUCUAUCUCUCUCUCUCUCUCCCCCUCUCUCUGUGCCCCCAGCAACUGAAGAUGCUGCGUCUGCGAGGGAAGGUGGUAGAGGAGGAGCAGAAGGAUAGUGGAGGAGAGCAGAGAGAUGAGGACGAGGGGCUGGGACCACGCUCUAACGUCUCCCUGCUGGACCAACACCAGGUCCUCAAGGAAAAGGCUGAAGGUAAGUGAUACAGUGGCAGUUUGAAAUGGAAAGAUUUGACAGUUAGAAUUGGAAUGAUUUGACAGUUAGAAUUGGAAUGAUUUGACAGUUAGAAUUGGAAUGAUCAUUGUUCAGUGUGGUGAAUUAUGGGGGAUUGUCCAUGGGUAGUAGAGAAAACAGAAGGACAAACCAAUUAUGGAUUCCAAAAUGUAUAAUGAUCUUGAGUUGUCUUUUGUUCAAUGCUAAAAUCAGUAUUUUUCUGUCCACAGCUCGUAAAGAGUCAGCCAAGGAGAAGCAGCUGAAAGAAGAGCAGAAGAUUCUGCAGAGUGUGGCAGAGGGAAGAGGUAAGAUAUGUUGCUGUACAUACUGGCCCUAACCCUGUAGAUAUGUUACUGUACAUACUGGCCCUAACCCUGUAGAUAUGUUACUGUACAUACUGACCCUAACCCUGUAGAUAUGUUGCUGUACAUACUGGCCCUAACCCUGAAGAGGUAAGAUAUGUUGCUGUACAUACUGGCCCUAACCCUGUAGAUAUGUUACUGUACAUACUGACCCUAACCCUGUAGAUAUGUUGCUGUACAUACUGGCCCUAACCCUGAAGAGGUAAGAUAUGUUGCUGUACAUACUGGCCCUAACCCUGUAGAUAUGUUACUGUACAUACUGACCCUAACCCUGUAGAUAUGUUGCUGUACAUACUGGCCCUAACCCUGAAGAGGUAAGAUAUGUUGCUGUACAUACUGGCCCUAACCCUGUAGAUAUGUUGCUGUACAUACUGGCCCUAACCCUGUAGAUAUGUCGCUGUACAUACUGGCCCUAACCCUGUAGAGGUAAGAUAUGUCGCUGUACAUACUGGCCUUAACCCUGUAGAGGUAAGAUAUGUUGCUGUACAUACUGGCCCUAACCCUGCAGAGGUAAGAUAUGUUGCUGUACAUACUGGCCCUAACCCUGCAGAGGUAAGAUAUGUUGCUGUACAUACUGGCCCUAACCCUGUAGAGGUAAGAUAUGUCGCUGUACAUACUGGCCCUAUCACUGUCAAUGGGCUGCUGUUGUUCUGGUCCAGAUUCACUUCAGGGGUGGACAACACGGGCUGAGUGCAGGCUUUUAUUCCAGCCCAACUCUAAUAGUUUGUUUCUCUUUCAGCUCUCAUGUCGGUGAAGGAAAUGGCCAAAGGCAUCAUCUAUGACGACCCCAUCAAAACAAGGUGAGGGUCCAGAUUCUAGAGGGUUACAUGGUGGUAAAACACACCGCUUUUCACUGUUCCUACCACACACCAGAAUAUCAAUCAAAUGUAUUUAUAAAAGCCCUUUUUACAUCAGCAGAUGUCACAAAGUGCUAUACAGAAACCCAGCCUAAAACCCCAAAUAAUAAGCUAAAUACAUUUAUACUGAACAAAAAUAUAAACGCAACAUGCAAUAAUUUCAAAAAUGCUACUGAGUUACAGUUCAUAUAAGAAAAACAGUCAGUUGAAAUUAAUGCAUUAGGCCCUAAUCUAUGGAUUUCAUUUAAAUAAAUAAAUAGGUCAUUUAGCAGACGCUCUUAUCCAGAGCGACUUACAGGAGCAAUUAGGGUUAAGUGCCUUGCUCAAGUGCACAUCGACAGAUUUUUCACCUAGUCAGCUCGGGGAUUAGAACCAGCGACCUUUCGGUUACUGGCACAACGCUCUUAACCACUAAGCUACCUGCCGCCCUACUGGGCAGGGGCACAUUCUAUUUGACUGGGCAGGGGCACAGCCAUGGGUUGGCCCUGGGAGGGCAUAGGCCCACCAACUUGGGAGCCAGGCCCAGCCAAUCAGAAUGAGUUUUUCUGCACAAAAGGGCAUUAUUACAGACAGAAAUACUCCUCAGCACCCCACCCUCCCCCUCAGACGAUCCCGCAGGUGAAGAAGCCUGAUGUGGAGGUCCUGGGAUGGCGUGGUUACACAUGGCCUGAGGUUGUGAGGCCGGUUGGACGUACUGCCAAAUUCUCUAAAACGAUGUUGGAGGUGGCUUAUAGUAGAGAAAUUAACAUUCAAUUAUCUGGAAACAGCUACGGUGGACAUUCCUGCAGUCAGCAUGCUAAUUGCAUCUGUGACAUUUUAGAGUGGCCUUUUAUUGUCCCCAGCACAAGGUGCACCUGUGUAAUGAUCAUGAUGUUUAAUCAGCUUCUUGAUAUGUCACACUUGUCAGGUGGAUGGAUUAUCUUGGCAAAGGACAAAUGCUCACUAACAGGGAUGUAAUCCAUUUGUGCAUAACAUUUUGAGAGAAUAAGCUUUUUGUGUGUACUGAAAAUGUCAGGGAUCUUUUAAUAUGCCAUGUAGCAGACGCUUUUAUCCAAAUGUGUGCAUACAUUUUUACGUAUGGGUGGUCCCGGGGAUCGAACCCACUACCCUGGCGUUACAAGCGCCAUGCUCUACCAAUUGAGCUACAGAGGACCUUUUUAUUUCAGCUCAUGAAACAUGGGACCAACACUACACGUUGCCUUUAUAUUGUUGUUCAGUGUAAAAUGUACCGUUGUUAUUGUUUUAGUUGGUUGGCUCCGCGCUACAUCCUGAACAUGCCCCCUGCGAGACACGACCGCGUCAGGAAGAAGUACCACAUCCUGGUCGACGGUGACGGUAUCCCUCCGCCCAUCAAGAGCUUCAGGGAGAUGAAGUUCCCACAGGGUGAGAGACACACACCACACACCACACACACACACACACACACACCACACACACACACACACACACACACCAUACACACACACACACACACACACACACACACACACACACACACACACACACACACACACACACACACACACACACACACACACACACACACACACACACCACACACACACCACACACCACACACACACACACCACACCACACCACACCACACCACACCACACACACACACACACACACACACACCACACCACACCACACACCACAGACACACAGGGUGAGACCCUGAGGUUCACUAAAGAUAUGAUUAGUUCAAAAGAUCACUGAAACCCAAGUUUCUACACGGAGAAACACCAGACAGACAGACAGACAUAACUUUUAUUGAAAACCUUACCUUCCAUUUUGUUUUACACCUUUUUAUUCAUUUGAAAAGUGGUGAUGAUAUGUUUUUGUAGUAGUCAUUCAUUCCCCAACCUUCUUUAACCAUGUGUUUGCAGCAAUCCUGAAAGGUCUGAAAAAGAAGGGAAUCGUUCACCCCACACCCAUUCAAAUCCAGGGAAUUCCCACCAUGUAAGGACAGUAGUAUACCACUGAUGAUGUGGCCCAAGUUCCUUAUUAAAUGAACAUGAUUCCUGGAGAUAUAUAAAGCUAUACAAUGUUUAACUGGAUUCUCAUUGGUUGUCUUCGCUUCUCUCUGUUACUGUAAAGCUCUGAAACAAUUAUAGUAAAAAGGGCUAUAUCAAUACAAUAUGAUUGGUUGGCUAUAUCAAUACAAUAUGAUUGAUUGAUUGGUUGGCUAUAUCAAUACAAUAUGAUUGAUUGAUUGGUUGGCUAUAUCAAUACAAUAUGAUUGAUUGGUUUCCUCUGUAUCUCUCUGUGUGCAGUCUCUCAGGCCGGGAUAUGAUCGGUAUCGCCUUCACAGGUUCAGGAAAGACUCUGGUGUUCACCCUCCCCAUCAUCAUGUUCUCUCUGGAGCAGGAGAAGAAGCUGCCCUUCUGUAAGAGUGAAGGACCCUACGGUCUCAUCAUCUGUCCCUCAGUAAGAGCUUCACACUGUACUCUGAUUCGCUCUUGACCACUUUCUCUUCCAUAGAUGAUAAAAUUGACUGAUGACAGAUCAGGUUUCUGAUGUUCCUCUUCUCUCCCUACAGAGAGAGUUGGCUAAACAGACCCACACCAUCAUAGAAUACUACUGUAAGCUGCUGGAGGAAGAAGGGGCUCCACAUAUGAGAUCAGUCCUCUGUAUAGGAGGCAUGUCUGUCAAGGACCAGAUGGAGGUGGUCAAACAGUAAGUACUCUGAACCAGUCAGCCAGCCGGCCGGCCAGUCAGUCAGUCAAACAGUAAGUACUCUGAACCAGUCAGCCAGUCAGUCAGUCAGCCAGUCAGUCAAACAGUAAGUACUCUGAACCAGUCAGUCAGCCAGUCAACUAGUCAGUUAGCUAGUCAGCCAGCCACUCAACCAGUCAGUCAGUCAACCAGUCAGCCAGCCGGCCGGCCAGCCAGUCAGUCAGUCAGUAAGUACUCUCAGUCAGUCAGUCAGUCAGCCAGUCAGUCAGUCAGCCAGUCAGUCAGUCAGCCAGUCAGUCAAACAGUAAGUACUCUGAACCAGUCAACCAGUCAGCCAGCCACUCAACCAGUCAGCCAGCCAGCCGGCCAGUCAGUCAGUCAACUAGUCAGCCAGUCAACUAGUCAGCCAGCCACUCAACCAGUCAGCCAGCCACUCAACCAGUCAGCCAGCCACUCAACCAGUCAGCCAGCCAGCCAGCCACUCAACCAGUCAGCCAGCCAGCCAGUCAGUCAGCCAGUCAACCAGUCAGCCAGCCACUCAACCAGUCAGCCAGCCACUCAACCAGUCAGCCAGCCAGCCAGUCAGCCAGCCACUCAACCAGUCAGCCAGCCAGCCAGUCAGCCAGCCACUCAACCAGUCAGCCAGCCAGCCAGUCAGCCAGCCACUCAACCAACAAGCCAGUCAGUCAGCCAGCCAGUCAGUCAGCCAGCCGGCCAGUCAGUCAGUCAAACAGUCAGUCAACCAGUCAGCCAGUCCUCUGUAUAGGAGGCAUAGUCCAGUGGAUAAGAACCAAAUAUACCCAAGAUUGUGCAUUUGAUGAUAAAAUUAUCAAACUUGUACACUAACACUAUACACCUUAAAGACAUGCUCCGGUACUUUGGCGACUUAGAAAGUAUUUAUUAAACCUCCUGCUUUGGACUGGAUGUGUCAAUGUGUUGUUCAUACAUGCAUAAUCUAUGAGCAGAAUUACUGUCUUACCUCAAUUAGCCAGGAAAUCCCUAGUUAGAAAGAGACUGUUUUCUUGUAGCCACUCCCCCUAGCAAUAGAGUUCUAACCCCUUUGAGUGACAGCUAGCAAGAGGCAUGCCCAGAGUUAUCCAAUGAGGUUGCAGGGCGGGCCCAAAGGCUCAGUGGACACAUUAGAAGGAUCAAUGACGUGGUACACGUAUCUGCACAUAUGUGACAUAGUACGCAAUUUCCGGGACCACUUUUGGCUUGUGAUUGCUACAUUCAGAACUACUGGCUAAAAAGUAUACAAAAGUACUGGAGAAUCUCUUUAAGGAACAUUUUAAAUAUAGCAGGCAGUCCGGGAAGCCUGUCAGGCAACCAGGGAGGCCGUUUUAGGAAAGUGGCAGAAAUUCGGAUGACCUGUUAGAUGAAAAUAUGGUAAAAUCAUUCAAAAUAAUAUCAAAAUGACUUUGUAAUUUUUUUCUACCCACUAAUUAAACCCCAUCAAUAAUAUAGACAAUAAUUCUGAUCAUAAAGUACUCUUAAGACCUUCAUGGUCAAAUUGUGGGCUUUUACACACAGCUAGGGCAUGUCUAAAGAUGCCAUCACAGAAGUUGACCAUUACCCCCCCCGCCCGCCCGCCACGAUUCACAUUCACAUAUCUCCAUUAAUAGUUGGUACAUACAGCCAAUGAUGGCUUCAAAUAUAUAGUGUGAUAUUCUGUUUUGUGUCAAUUUGAAGAAAUGUGACAGGAAACCUGCCUUCUACACAUCACUUUGGGUACAAUUCCAUGUGAAUGCAUUAUCUGUGCAGCAGAGACAAGUGACCCAUUUUAACAAAAUGCUUUUUGUGACGAGCCCGUUCAGCCUUCACACAAAGUACACGUCUAGAUCAAGAUGUCUAGCUGUAGUACCAUUGCUGAUGAAACGUGUUAUACUGGAAAGGGACCGCCAACCUGCUCCGUAGGGCCAUAUCAGCCUUGAUUCACAGCCAGCCGUGUGAGGACCAGUUUGACGUCUGACCUCUGAACCCUGUGUUUGUAGCGGUGUCCACAUGAUGGUGGCGACCCCCGGCCGUCUGAUGGACCUGCUGCAGAAGAAAAUGAUCAGUCUGGAUAUCUGUCGUUAUCUGGCUCUGGACGAGGCUGACAGGAUGAUAGACAUGGGCUUUGAGGAAGACAUCAGAACUAUCUUCUCCUACUUUAAGGUACGGCGGGGUUUAAAACAGGGUCAUUUUAACCCCAGAACGCUCCUGCACACUUUACAACAUCAUCACUGUUUCUAUUAGGUGACUACUAGUGGUAUGCUUUCUAACCGUCAACCAAACAGUGCUUUUAACACCUACAUCCUUCGUGCAGGGCCAGAGACAAACUCUGCUGUUCAGUGCCACCAUGCCCAAGAAGAUCCAGAACUUUGCCAAGAGUGCCCUGGUCAAACCCAUCACCAUCAACGUGGGCCGGGCCGGCGCUGCCAGCUUGGACGUCAUUCAGGUACAACACACCAGCAGAAAAAAAUAAUUUUCGCGUCCCAAAUGGCACCCUCGUCCGUAUAUAGUGCACUACCUGGUCAAAAGUAGUGCCCUAUAUGGGGAAUAGGGUACAAAUUGGGACGCACUCGCAUAGGAAUAUCGUAAAAUGAAAUAGGAUUGUGUACUUUGGCACGGUGACUGCAAAUGGACUUUUGAUUAUAUGUGACUCAAUUAAUUUAAAAUGUUUACAUUGAUUUGUUUUUACAUUGCGUUUAAUUCCAGGAAGUGGAGUAUGUGAAAGAAGAGGCUAAGAUGGUUUACCUGCUGGAAUGUCUUCAGAAGACCCCUCCUCCGGUUAGUAACCUGCUGUUCUCUGGUUACCUCUCAGUAUUUUUACAUUUUAGUCAUUUAGCAGACGCUUUUAUCCAGAGCGACUUACAGUUCUGUAGGGUGUCCCACUCUGAUUGGGUGAAAAUGCGCUUUGGUGAUGAAAUUUCACUUCCUUUUGUUAUAAAAUACAUUUUUACCAAGACAAAUAUGAUUAUUCAUGUUCUGAAUCGUUCAGUGGGGUCUUUCUCUCACAUAUCAUUAACAUUUAUAUACAAGAAGUCGGAUUUCGUAACCCAAUACAUCCAAUAAUAAGCACCGAGCUCUGUUGACAGAGCUAAUGCAGCUUUCUCACACAAACUUUUGAGGAUUUUACAUGUUGUGGCGGUUGUCUUCAAAGUUGUUUCCGCGGAUCGAAAAAAGCAAAAUGAUCAUGACACGAGCUGAAUUAAAUGUAAAAUGCUUUGAAAAGAAAAAGCUUGCGGUACCCUGAGUGCUCUGUUGACAUGUCACACAGAUACGCUUGUUUCUGGAGAAAUCUUCUAAAAAGAAAGUCGUAUACUAAAAUAUGAAAAUACUGCAUGUCAUGUCUCAAAAACGAUACAGUGGGGAAAAAAAGUAUUUAGUCAGCCACCAAUUGUGCAAGUUCUCCCACUUAAAAAGAUAAGAGAGGCCUGUAAUUUUCAUCAUAGGUACACGUCAACUAUGACAGACAAAAUGAGAAAAAAAAAUCCAGAAAAUCACAUUGUAGGAUUUUUAAUGAAUUUAUUUGCAAAUUAUGGUGGAAAAUAAGUAUUUGGUCAAUAACAAAAGUUUCUCAAUACUUUGUUAUAUACCCUUUGUUGGCAAUGACACAGGUCAAACGUUUUCUGUAUGUCUUCACAAGGUUUUCACACACUGUUGCUGGUAUUUUGGCCCAUUCCUCCAUGCAGAUCUCCUCUAGAGCAGUGAUGUUUUGGGGCUGUCGCUGGGCAACACAGACUUUCAACUCCCUCCAAAGAUUUUCUAUGGGGUUGAGAUCUGGAGACUGGCUAGGCCACUCCAGGACCUUGAAAUGCUUCUUAUGAAGCCACUCCUUCGUUGCCCGGGCGGUGUGUUUGGGAUCAUUGUCAUGCUGAAAGACCCAGCCACAUUUCAUCUUCAAUGCCCUUGCUGAUGGAAGGAGGUUUUCACUCAAAAUCUCACGAUACAUGGCCCCAUUCAUUCUUUCCUUUACACGGAUCAGUCGUCCUGGUCCCUUUGCAGAAAAACAGCCCCAAAGCAUGAUGUUUCCACCCCCAUGCUUCACAGUAGGUAUGGUGUUCUUUGGAUGCAACUCAGCAUUCUUUGUCCUCCAAACACGACGAGUUGAGUUUUUACCAAAAAGUUAUAUUUUGGUUUAAUCUGACCAUAUGACAUUCUCCCAAUCCUCUUCUGGAUCAUCCAAAUGCACUCUAGCAAACUUCAGACGGACCUGGACAUGUACUGGCUUAAGCAGGGGGACACGUCUGGCACUGCAGGAUUUGAGUCCCUGGCAGCGUAGUGUGUUACUGAUGGUAGGCUUUGUUACUUUGGUCCCAGCUCUCUGCAGGUCAUUCACUAGGUCCCCCCGUGUGGUUCUGGGAUUUUUGCUCACCGUUCUUGUGAUCAUUUUGACCCCACGGGGUGAGAUCUUGCGUGGAGCCCCAGAUCGAGGGAGAUGAUCAGUGGUCUUGUAUGUAUUCCAUUUCCUAAUAAUUGCUCCCACAGUUGAUUUCUUCAAACCAAGCUGCUUACCUAUUGCAGAUUCAGUCUUCCCAGCCUGGUGCAGGUCUACAAUUUUGUUUCUGGUGUCCGUUGACAGCUCUUUGGACUUGGCCAUAGUGGAGUUUGGAGUGUGACUGUUUGAGGUUGUGGACAGGUAUAUUUUACACUGAUAACAAGUUCAAACAGGUGCCAUUAAUACAGGUAACGAGUGGAGGACAGAGGAGCCUCUUAAAGAAGAAGUUACAGGUCUGUGAGAGCCAGAAAUCUUGCUUGUUUGUAGGUGACCAAAUACUUAUUUUCCACCAUAAUUUGCAAAUAAAUUCAUUAAAAAUCCUACAAUGUGAUUUUCUUGAUUUUUUUUCCCUCAAUUUGUCUGUCAUAGUUGACGUGUACCUAUGAUGAAAAUUACAGGCCUCUCUCAUCUUUUUAAGUGGGAGAACUUGCACAAUUGGUGGCUGACUAAAUACUUUUUUUCCCCACUGUAUCUAUCUUACCUCUAUAUUGUUUUAUGUCUUGCGGAUUCGAGAAGAAAGAUGAUGAGUUCAACGGGAAAGUCAGCCUGUCAGGUGGUCUUUAUUCUCACAGCCUAGUUGAGGUGAUGCUGUGUCUGUCAGGUGGUCUUUAUUCUCACAGCCUAGUUGAGGUGAUGCUGUGUCUGUCAGGUGGUCUUUAUUCUCACAGCCUAGUUGAGGUGAUGCUGUGUCUGUCAGGUGGUCUUUAUUCUCACAGCCUAGUUGAGGUGAUGCUGUGUCUGUCAGGUGGUCUUUAUUCUCACAGCCUAGUUGAGGUGAUGCUGUGUCUGUCAGGUGGUCUUUAUUCUCACAGCCUAGUUGAGGUGAUGCUGUGUCUGUCAGGUGGUCUUCAUUCUCACAGCCUAGUUGAGGUGAUGCUGUGUCUGUCAGGUGGUCUUUAUUCUCACAGCCUAGUUGAGGUGAUGCUGUGUCUGUCAGGUGGUCUUUAUUCUCACAGCCUAGUUGAGGUGAUGCUGUGUCUGUCAGGUGGUCUUUAUUCUCACAGCCUAGUUGAGGUGAUGCUGUGUCUGUCAGGUGGUCUUUAUUCUCACAGCCUAGUUGAGGUGAUGCUGUGUCUGUCAGGUGGUCUUUAUUCUCACAGCCUAGUUGAGGUGAUGCUGUGUCUGUCAGGUGGUCUUUAUUCUCACAGCCUAGUUGAGGUGAUGCUGUGCCUGUCAGGUGGUCUUUAUUCUCACAGCCUAGUUGAGGUGAUGCUGUGUCUGUCAGGUGGUCUUUAUUCUCACAGCCUAGUUGAGGUGAUGCUGUGUCUGUCAGGUGGUCUUUAUUCUCACAGCCUAGUUGAGGUGAUGCUGUGUCUGUCAGGUGGUCUUUAUUCUCACAGCCUAGUUGAGGUGAUGCUGUGCCUGUCAGGUGGUCUUUAUUCUCACAGCCUAGUUGAGGUGAUGCUGUGUCUGUCAGGUGGUCUUUAUUCUCACAGCCUAGUUGAGGUGAUGCUGUGUCUGUCAGGUGGUCUUUAUUCUCACAGCCUAGUUGAGGUGAUGCUGUGUCUGUCAGGUGGUCUUUAUUCUCACAGCCUAGUUGAGGUGAUGCUGUGCAAUUUUCCUUUGUUGUUUUUUCCUCGGUCCUCCAUUGAUUUAGUCACCCUAACUUUUACCACCCUACAAGGGUAAAAACUACAUUAUAAACUGGGUGGUUCGAGCCAUGAAUGCUGAUUGGCUGACAGCCGUGGUAUAUCAGACCGUAUUCCACGGGUAUGACAAAACAUUUAUUUUUACUGCUCUAAUUAGGUUGGUAACCAGUUUAUAAUAGCAAUAAGGCACCUCUGGGUUUGUGGUAUAUGGCCAAUAUACCAGGUGUGGCAGACAAGAGGGUUGCUCAAGAUGUUUACACAGAUCAGACACGGACAGAAUUGUAUUAGCUCGGUUUCAAGGGUGUUUAUUUAAAUAAUAAACAACGAGAAAAUAAUAGGUCUCCUCCGGGAUACUGUCUUCUGGGCUCUGGGGUCUCCUCCGGGAUACUGUCUUCUGGGCUCUGGGGUCUCCUCCAGGAUACUGUCUUCUGAGCUCUGGGGUCUCCUCCAGGAGACCUCCUCCGGGAUACUGUCUUCUGGGCUCCGGGGUCUCCUCCGGGAUACUGUCUUCUGAGCUCUGGGGUCUUGCUGUAUCCUGUGGGGAACAAAACCCAGCUCCCUCCGUUAUCUCUGGUACUGAGGACGACUGUACGGGAAUAACCUCUCGUCCCCAGUCCCCAGUCCCCGGUCCCCAGUCCCCAGUCCCCGGUCCCAUGUGCUGCCCUUCUGGGACUCGUCCAGCUGGUAAGCAAUCAGCCCCUUGAUUACUCACCAACCACAAUCAGCCCCAAUUAGUCCAGGCCCGGAGAGCUCGUCAAGACCUUGCCCGUCCAUAUACCACACCCCCUCGGGCCUUAUUGCUUAAAUAACUAUUGAACGGAUUAUGAUAGAGACAUGAGGUUUGGACCAUUGGUUUUCUUAAAGGAUUAUAUACACAAUUAACAUAUAUUAUUUGUGUUGAACACAAUUAACUGUGUUCUCUCUACCACACCACAUGGCAGAGGAGGCUCCUGGGAGGAGCUAUAGGAGGAAGGGCUCAUUGUAAUGGCUAGAAUGGAAUCAAUGGAACAGAGUCAAACAUGUGGUUUCCAUAUGUUUGAUACUGUUCCAUUGAUUCCAGCCAUUCCAAUGAGCCAGUCGUUCCUAUAGCUCCUCCCAGCAUCCUCCUCUGGUGUACAGGUGUACUCAACCUGGUCUGUGUGUCUAGUUACAGAAGUGACUUACUUCUUUACUUCUGGUUAGUACUGUGUUUUCUCUGCCACAUGACAUGGUUAGUACUGUGUUUUCUCUGCCACAUGACAUGGUUAGUACUGUGUUUUCACUGCCACAUGACAUGGUUAGUACUGUGUUUUCACUGCCACAUGACAUGGUUAGUACUGUGUUUUCUCUGCCACAUGACAUGGUUAGUACUGUGUUUUCACUCUGCCACAUGACAUGGUUAGUACUGUGUUUUCUCUGCCACAUGACAUGGUUAGUACUGUGUUUUCACUCUACCACAUGACAUGGUUAGUACUGUUUUCUCUGCCACAUGACAUGGUUAGUACUGUGUUUUCACUGCCACAUGACAUGGUUAGUACUGUGUUUUCACUCUGCCACAUGACAUGGUUAGUACUGUGUUUUCACUCUGCCACAUGACAUGGUUAGUACUGUGUUUUCACUGCCACAUGACAUGGUUAGUACUGUGUUUUCACUGCCACAUGACAUGGUUAGUACUGUGUUUUCACUCUGCCACAUGACAUGGUUAGUACUGUGUUUUCACUCUGCCACAUGACAUGGUUAGUACUGUGUUUUCACUCUGCCACAUGACAUGGUUAGUACUGUGUUUUCACUCUGCCACAUGACAUGGUUAGUACUGUGUUUUCACUCUGCCACAUGACAUGGUUAGUACUGUGUUUUCACUCUACCACAUGACAUGGUUAGUACUGUGUUUUCACUCUGCCACAUGACAUGGUUAGUACUGUGUUUUCACUGCCACAUGACAUGGUUAGUACUGUGUUUUCACUCUGCCACAUGACAUGGUUAGUACUGUGUUUUCACUCUGCCACAUGACAUGGUUAGUACUGUGUUUUCACUCUGCCACAUGACAUGGUUAGUACUGUGUUUUCACUCUGCCACAUGACAUGGUUAGUACUGUGUUUUCUCUGCCACAUGACAUGGUUAGUACUGUGUUUUCACUCUGCCACAUGACAUGGUUAGUACUGUGUUUUCACUCUGCCACAUGACAUGGUUAGUACUGUGUUUUCUCUACCACAUGACAUGGUUAGUACUGUGUUUUCACUCUGCCACAUGACAUGGUUAGUACUGUGUUUUCACUCUUCCACAUGACAUGGUUAGUACUGUGUUUUCUCUACCACAUGACAUGGUUAGUACUGUGUUUUCUCUACCACAUGACAUGGUUAGUACUGUGUUUUCUCUACCACAUGACAUGGUUAGUACUGUGUUUUCUCUACCACAUGACAUGGUUAGUACUGUGUUUUCACUCUGCCACAUGACAUGGUUAGUACUGUGUUUUCACUCUGCCACAUGACAUGGUUAGUACUGUGUUUUCACUGCCACAUGACAUGGUUAGUACUGUGUUUUCACUGCCACAUGACAUGGUUAGUACUGUGUUUUCUCUGCCACAUGACAUGGUUAGUACUGUGUUUUUCUCUGCCACAUGACAUGGUUAGUACUGUGUUUUCUCUGCCACAUGACAUGGUUAGUACUGUGUUUUCUCUGCCACAUGACAUGGUUAGUACUGUGUUUUCACUCUGCCACAUGACAUGGUUAGUACUGUGUUUUCACUCUGCCACAUGACAUGGUUAGUACUGUGUUUUCACUCUGCCACAUGACAUGGUUAGUACUGUGUUUUCACUCUGCCACAUGACAUGGUUAGUACUGUGUUUUCACUCUGCCACAUGACAUGGUUAGUACUGUGUUUUCUCUGCCACAUGACAUGGUUAGUACUGUGUUUUCACUCUGCCACAUGACAUGGUUAGUACUGUGUUUUCUCUGCCACAUGACAUGGUUAGUACUGUGUUUUCACACUGCCACAUGACAUGGUUAGUACUGUGUUUUCACUGCCACAUGACAUGGUUAGUACUGUGUUUUCUCUGCCACAUGACAUGGUUAGUACUGUGUUUUCACUCUACCACAUGACAUGGUUAGUACUGUGUUUUCUCUGCCACAUGACAUGGUUAGUACUGUGUUUUCACUCUGCCACAUGACAUGGUUAGUACUGUGUUUUCACUGCCACAUGACAUGGUUAGUACUGUGUUUUCUCUACCACAUGACAUGGUUAGUACUGUGUUUUCACUCUGCCACAUGACAUGGUUAGUACUGUGUUUUCUCUGCCACAUGACAUGGUUAGUACUGUGUUUUCACUCUGCCACAUGACAUGGUUAGUACUGUGUUUUCACUCUGCCACAUGACAUGGUUAGUACUGUGUUUUCUCUGCCACAUGACAUGGUUAGUACUGUGUUUUCACACUGCCACAUGACAUGGUUAGUACUGUGUUUUCACUGCCACAUGACAUGGUUAGUACUGUGUUUUCUCUGCCACAUGACAUGGUUAGUACUGUGUUUUUACUCUACCACAUGACAUGGUUAGUACUGUGUUUUCACUCUGCCACAUGACAUGGUUAGUACUGUGUUUUCACUCUGCCACAUGACAUGGUUAGUACUGUGUUUUCACUGCCACAUGACAUGGUUAGUACUGUGUUUUCUCUACCACAUGACAUGGUUAGUACUGUGUUUUCACUCUGCCACAUGACAUGGUUAGUACUGUGUUUUCACUCUGCCACAUGACAUGGUUAGUACUGUGUUUUCACUCUGCCACAUGACAUGGUUAGUACUGUGUUUUCACUCUGCCACAUGACAUGGUUAGUACUGUGUUUUCUCUACCACAUGACAUGGUUAGUACUGUGUUUUCUCUACCACAUGACAUGGUUAGUACUGUGUUUUCUCUACCACAUGACAUGGUUAGUACUGUGUUUUCUCUACUACAUGACAUGGUUAGUACUGUGUUUUCACUCUGCCACAUGACAUGGUUAGUACUGUGUUUUCUCUACCACAUGACAUGGUUAGUACUGUGUUUUCACUCUGCCACAUGACAUGGUUAGUACUGUGUUUUCACACUGCCACAUGACAUGGUUAGUACUGUGUUUUCACUGCCACAUGACAUGGUUAGUACUGUGUUUUCACUCUGCCACAUGACAUGGUUAGUACUGUGUUUUCUCUGCCACAUGACAUGGUUAGUACUGUGUUUUCACUCUGCCACAUGACAUGGUUAGUACUGUGUUUUCACUCUGCCACAUGACAUGGUUAGUACUGUGUUUUCACUCUGCCACAUGACAUGGUUAGUACUGUGUUUUCACUCUGCCACAUGACAUGGUUAGUACUGUGUUUUCUCUGCCACAUGACAUGGUUAGUACUGUGUUUUCACUCUGCCACAUGACAUGGUUAGUACUGUGUUUUCACUGCCACAUGACAUGGUUAGUACUGUGUUUUCACUGCCACAUGACAUGGUUAGUACUGUGUUUUCUCUGCCACAUGACAUGGUUAGUACUGUGUUUUCUCUGCCACAUGACAUGGUUAGUACUGUGUUUUCUCUGCCACAUGACAUGGUUAGUACUGUGUUUUCACUCUGCCACAUGACAUGGUUAGUACUGUGUUUUCACUCUGCCACAUGACAUGGUUAGUACUGUGUUUUCACUCUGCCACAUGACAUGGUUAGUACUGUGUUUUCACUCUGCCACAUGACAUGGUUAGUACUGUGUUUUCACUCUGCCACAUGACAUGGUUAGUACUGUGUUUUCUCUGCCACAUGACAUGGUUAGUACUGUGUUUUCUCUGCCACAUGACAUGGUUAGUACUGUGUUUUCACACUGCCACAUGACAUGGUUAGUACUGUGUUUUCUCUGCCACAUGACAUGGUUAGUACUGUGUUUUCACUCUGCCACAUGACAUGGUUAGUACUGUGUUUUCUCUGCCACAUGACAUGGUUAGUACUGUGUUUUCACACUGCCACAUGACAUGGUUAGUACUGUGUUUUCACUGCCACAUGACAUGGUUAGUACUGUGUUUUCUCUGCCACAUGACAUGGUUAGUACUGUGUUUUCACUCUACCACAUGACAUGGUUAGUACUGUGUUUUCUCUGCCACAUGACAUGGUUAGUACUGUGUUUUCACUCUGCCACAUGACAUGGUUAGUACUGUUUUCUCUGCCACAUGACAUGGUUAGUACUGUGUUUUCACUCUGCCACAUGACAUGGUUAGUACUGUGUUUUCACUCUGCCACAUGACAUGGUUAGUACUGUGUUUUCACUCUGCCACAUGACAUGGUUAGUACUGUGUUUUCACUCUGCCACAUGACAUGGUUAGUACUGUGUUUUCACUCUGCCACAUGACAUGGUUAGUACUGUGUUUUUCACUCUGCCACAUGACAUGGUUAGUACUGUGUUUUCUCUGCCACAUGACAUGGUUAGUACUGUGUUUUCACACUGCCACAUGACAUGGUUAGUACUGUGUUUUCACUGCCACAUGACAUGGUUAGUACUGUGUUUUCUCUGCCACAUGACAUGGUUAGUACUGUGUUUUCACUCUACCACAUGACAUGGUUAGUACUGUGUUUUCACUCUGCCACAUGACAUGGUUAGUACUGUGUUUUCACUCUGCCACAUGACAUGGUUAGUACUGUGUUUUCACUCUGCCACAUGACAUGGUUAGUACUGUGUUUUCACUCUGCCACAUGACAUGGUUAGUACUGUGUUUUCACUCUGCCACAUGACAUGGUUAGUACUGUGUUUUCACUCUGCCACAUGACAUGGUUAGUACUGUGUUUUCACUCUGCCACAUGACAUGGUUAGUACUGUGUUUUCACUCUGCCACAUGACAUGGUUAGUACUGUGUUUUCACUCUGCCACAUGACAUGGUAAUGACUUAUGCUAGUUAACCUUUUGUUUCCAUUCUGGUUAGUCAGUAGAGAGGUCAAACAGUACUAACUAUAGGUAUAGAGGUCAAAGGUAGAGGUCAAACAGCACUAACUAAAGGUAAAGAGGUCAAAGGUAGAGGUGAUGUUAAUGCAUGCUAAAAGUGUGUGAUGUUUAAUCAGAACAGAAGGUAAGAUGUUAGUGUUGUUUUCUGUCUCCCAGGUGCUGAUGUUUGCUGAGAAGAAAGCAGACGUGGACGCCAUUCAUGAAUAUCUCCUGCUAAAAGGAGUGGAGGCUGUGGCUAUCCACGGAGGAAAAGGUAAUAUCACUAACCCCUAGUUUUCCUACCUCAACCACUAGUCCCCUACCCUAACAAGUGCGCCUAGUGCUGAAAGGAGUGGAGGAAAAGGUCAGAUUUAAAACCCCUUCUCUUCCUGCAGUGACUACCUAAAUAGGGAACAGGGGGCCAUUUCAGACUCAAUAACCCUGUUAUGUGUGUUUCCAGACCAGGAGGAGCGUACUAAGGCCAUCGAGGCCUUUAAGGAAGGGAAGAAGGAUGUGUUAGUAGCUACUGAUGUGGCGUCUAAAGGUCUGGACUUCCCCGCUAUACAACACGUGGUCAACUAUGAUAUGCCAGAGGAGAUAGAGAACUAUGGUGAGACCUCACAUCUCGAUCAAUUUUAAUGAAUCAAUCAAACAUUUUUGACAUGACAUAUUUUGGUCAUUUAGCAGACAAUCUUAUCCAGAGCAACUUACAGUCAGAAAUCAAUCAAUCAUCCAAUCAAUCAAUCAAAAUGAUAAAGCCCUUAUACAUCAGCAGUUACCACAAUGUUUUUCACAGUAACCCGGCCUAGAGAGAGAGAGUGUGUUACCACAUUUCUUCUCUUGUUAAUCUUCUCAUAUUUCUGCUCAUAUCUCCCCUAAAGUGCACGUUAUUGUCACCCUGUAAUCAGACUCUCUCUAAUCAGACUCAUCCACCGACUGACUAAAAAGUGUUGUUGUUGUUGUGUUCCAGUCCACAGGAUUGGUAGAACGGGUCGGUCGGGGAAGACUGGCAUCGCCACCACCUUCAUCAACAAAGGCUGUGGUGAGAAACAAGCCACCACUUGAUUCUCUCUCUAACGUCUAGCCAUGGUUUGCUUUCCAUUGCAUCUUCUGGAGUUUGCAUCCAAGACUGUUUUAUCAGACGCCCUCUUAAAACAGAUCUGUAGAGAGAACACCUGUCUGAAGCCCUGGGUUGUAUUCCAUUAGGGCACGGAACGGAAAAUGUUUUAAAAAUUGUUUUGCAACAUAAUAUUUUUAAAAAACGAGGCUUUCUUAUUGGAUUAAGUUCAGGUAGUCUCUCCCUAUUGCAGUCCUUUUUUCUUCCUUUUUUGGUGCCUAUUGAACACAACCCCGAUGUCUUCCGUCCUGUAGAUGAGUCGGUGCUGAUGGACCUGAAGGCCCUGCUGAUAGAAGCCAAGCAGAAGGUUCCUCCGGUUCUACAGGUCUUACAGACGGGAGACGAGACCAUGCUGGAUAUCGGAGGUAACACACACCAUCCUGAUCUCCGUCUGCUGCUCACCUCUGCCUCUUUCCUCCCUCCUAUCUGCAGUCUCGCUCUCGCUCUCUGUUAUAUAUUUCUCUCUCUGGAAGUAUUCAGACCCCUUGACUUUUCCACAUUUUGUUACGUUACAGCCUUAUUCUAAAAUUGAACACAAUACCCCCAUAAUGACAAAGCAAAACGUUUUUUUUUUUUGUGCUAAUUUAUAAAAAAUAUAUUUAAAAAAAAUCACAUUUACAUAAGUAUUCAGACCCUUUACUCAGUACUUUGCUGAAGCACCUUUGGCAGCGAUUACAGCCUCGAGUCUUCUUGGGUAUGACGCUACAAGCUUGGCACAUCUGUAUUUGGGGAGUUUCUCCCAUUCUUCUCUGCAGAUCCUCUCAAGCUCUGUCAGGUUGGAUGGGGAGCAUCGCUGCACAGCUAUUUCCAGGUCCCUCUAGAGAUGUUAGAUCGAGUUCAAGUCCGGGCUCUGGAUGGGCCACUGCAGGACAUUCAGAGACUUGUCCAGAAGCCACUCCUGCGUUGUCUUGGCUGUGUGCUUAGGGUCGUUGUCCUGUUGGAAGGUGAACCUUCGCCCCAGUCUGAGGUCCUGAGCGCUCUGGAGCAGGUUUUCAUCAAGGAUCUCUCUGUACUUUGCUCCGUUCAUCUUUCCCUCGAUCCUGACUAGUCUCCCAGUCCCUGCCACUGAAAAACAUCCCCACAGCAUGAUGCUGCCACCACCAUGCUUCACCGUAGGGAUGGUGCCAGGUUUCCUCCAGAUGUGACGCUUGGCAUUCAGGCCAAAGAGUUCAAUCUUGGUUUCAUCAGACCAAAGAAUCUACCGUAGUUUCUCAUGAUCUGAGAGUCCUUUAGGUGCCUUUUGGCAAACUCCAAGCGGGCUGUCAUGUGCCUUUUACUGAAGAGUGGCUUCCGUCUGGCCACAAUAAAGGCCUGAUUGGUGGAGUGCUGCAGAGAUAGUUGUCCUUCUGGAAGGUUCUCCCAUCUCCACAGAGGAACUCUGGAGCUCUGUCAGAGUGACCAUCGGGUUCUUGGUCACCUCCCUGACCAAGGCCCUUCUCCCCCGAUUGCUCAGUUUGGCCAGGCGGCCAGCUCUAGGAAGAGUCUUGGUGAUUCCAAACUUCUUCCAUUUAAGAAUGGUACCCUUCCCCAGAUCUGUGCCUCGACACAAUCCUGUCUCGGAGCUCUACGGACAAUUCCUUCGACCUCAUGGCUUGGUUUUUGCUCUGACAUGCACUGUCAACUGUGGGACCUUAUAUAGACAGGUGUGUGCCUUUCCAAAUCAUGUCCAAUCAAUUGAAUUGACCACAGGUGGACUCCAAUCAAGUUGUAGAAACAUCUCAAGGAUGAUGAAUGGAAACAGGAUGCACCUGAGCUCAAUUUCGAGUCUCAAAGCAAAUGGUCUGAAUACUUAUGUAAAUAAGGUAUUUCAGUGUUUAUUUUUAAUACAUUUGCAAAAUAAUCUAAAAACCUGUUUUAGAUUUUUCAUUAUGGGGUAUUGUGUGCAGAUUGAUGAGGUAAAAAAAAAUGUUUUAAUCCAUUUUAGAAUAAGGCUGUAACUUAACAAAAUGUGUAAAAAGGGGAAGAGGUCUAAAUACUUUCCGAAUGCACUGUAUCCUCUGGUCCUCUGGUCCUCUGUAGCUCAGCUGGUAGAGCACGGCGCUUGUAACGCCAGGGUAGUGGGUUCAAUCCCCGGGACCACCCAUAUGUAAAAAUGUAUGCACACAUGACUGUAAGUCACUUUGGAUAAAAGCGUCUGCUAAAUGGCAUAUUAUUUAUUAUUUAUUAUUAUACAGUGGGGAGAACAAGUAUUUGAUACACUGCCGAUUUUGCAGGUUUUCCUACUUACAAAGCAUGUAGAGGUCUGUAAUUUGUAUCAUAGGUACACAUCAACUGUGAGAGACGGAAUCUAAAACAAAAAUCCAGAAAAUCACAUUGUAUGAUUUUUAAGUAAUUAAUUUGCAUUUAAUUGCAUGACAUAAGUAUUUGAUACAUCAGAAAAGCAGAACUUAAUAUUUGGUACAGAAACCUUUGUUUGCAAUUACAGAGAUGAUACGUUUCCUGUAGGUCUUGACCAGGUUUGCACACACUGCAGCAGGGAUUUUGGCCCACUCCUCCAUACAGACCUUCUCCAGAUCCUUCAGGUUUCGGGGCUGUCGCUGGGCAAUACGGACUUUCAGCUACCUCCAAAGAUUUUCUAUUGGGUUCCGGUCUGGAGACUGGCUAGGCCACUCCAGGACCUUGAGAUGCUUCUUACGGAGCCACUCCUUAGUUGCCCUGGCUGUGUGAUUCGGGUCGUUGUCAUGCUGGAAGACCCAGCCACGACCCAUCUUCAAUGCUCUUACUGAGGGAAGGAGGUUGUUGGCCAAGAUCUCGCAAUACAUGGCCCCAUCCAUCCUCCCCUCAAUACGGUGCAGUCGUCCUGUCCCCUUUGCAUAAAAGCCUCCCCAAAGAAUGAUGUUUCCACCUCCAUGCUUCACGGUUGGGAUGGUGUUCUUGGGGUUGUACUCAUCCUUCUUCUUCCUCCAAACACGGCGAGUGGCAUUUAGACCAAAAAGCUCUAUUUUUGUCUCAUCAGACCACAUGACCUUCUCCCAUUCCUCCUCUGGAUCAUCCAGAUGGUCAUUGGGAAACUUCAGACGGGCCUGGACAUGCGCUGGCUUGAGCAGGGGGACCUUGCGUGCGCUGCAGGAUUUUAAUCCAUGACGGCGUAGUGUGUUACUAAUGGUUUUCUUUGAGACUGUGGUCCCAGCUCUCUUCAGGUCAUUGACCAGGUCCUGCCAUGUAGUUCUGGGCUGAUCCCUCACCUUCCUCAUGAUCAUUGAUGCCCCACGAGGUGAGAUCUUGCAUGGAGCCCCAGACCGAGGGUGAUUGACCGUCAUCUUGAACUUCUUCCAUUUUCUAAUAAUUGCGCCAACAGUUGUUGCCUUCUCACCAAGCUGCUUGCCUAUUGUCCUGUAGCCCAUCCCAGCCUUGUGCAGGUCUACAAUUUCAUCCCUGAUUUCCUUACACAGCUCUCUGGUCUUGGCCAUUGUGGAGAGGUUGGAGUCUGUUUGAGUGUGUGGACAGGUGUCUUUUAUACAGGUAACGAGUUCAAACAGGUGCAGUUAAUACAGGUAAUGAGUGGAGAACAGGAGGGCUUCUUAAAGAAAAACUAACAGGUCUGUGAGAGCCGGAAUUCUUACUGGUUGGUAGGUGAUCAAAUACUUAUGUCAUGCAAUAAAAUGCAAAUUAAUUACUUAAAAAUCAUACAAUGUGAUUUUCUGGAUUUUUGUUUUAGAUUCCGUCUCUCACAGUUGAAGUGUACCUAUGAUAAAAAUUACAGACCUCUACAUGCUUUGUAAGUAGGAAAACCUGCAAAAUCGGCAGUGUAUCAAAUACUUGUUCUCCCCACUGUAUCAACACAGAGAGAGAGUGAGAGAAAUGUACACUACCAGUCAAAUGUUUGGACACACCUACUCAUUCAAGGUUUUUCAUUAUUUCUACAUUGUAGAAUAAUAGUGAAGACAUCAAAACUAUGAAAUAACACAUAUGGAAUCAUGUAGUAACCAUAAGUGUUAAACAAAUCAAAAUACAUUUUAUAUUUGAGAUUCUUCAAAUAGCCACCCUUUGCCUUGAUGACAGCUUUGUACACUCUUGGUAUUCUCUCAACCAGCUUCACCUGGGAUGCUUUUCCAACAGUCUUUAAGGAGUUCCCACAUAUGCUGAGCACUUGUUGGCUGCUUUUCCUUCAUUCUGCUGUCCGACUCAUCCCAAACCAUCUCAAUUGGGUUGAGGUCGGGGGAUUGUAGAGGCCAGGUCAUCUGAUGCAGCACUCCAUCACUCUCCUUCUUGGUAAAAUAGCCCUUACACAGCCUGGAGGUGUGUUGGGUCAUUGUCCUGUUGAAAAACAAAUGAUAGUCCCACUAAGCCCAAACCAGAUGGGAUGGCGUAUCGCUGCAGAAUGCUGUGGUAGCCAUGCUGGUUAAGUGUGCCUUGAAUUCUAAAUAAAUCACAGUGUCACCAGCAAAGCACCCCUACACUAUAACACCUCCUCCUCCAUGCUUCACGGGGGAACUACACACGCGGAGAUCAUCCGUUCACCCACACCGCAUCUCACAAAGACACAGCAGUUUGAACCCAAAAUCUCCAAUUUGGACUCAUUAGACCAAAGGACAAAUUUCCACCGGUCUGCUCGUGUUUCUUGGCCCAAGCAGGUCAAUCGUAUUGGUGUCCUUUUAGUAGUGGUUUCUUUGCAGCAAUUCGACCAUGAAGGCCUGAUUCACACAGUCCCCUCUGAACAGUUGAUGUUGAGAUGUCUCUGUGACUCUGUGAAGCAUUUAUAUGGGCUGCAAUUUCUGAGGCUGGUAACUCUAAUGAACUUAUUCUCUGCAGCAGAGGUAACUCUGGGUCUUCCUUUCCUUUGGCGGUCCUCAUGAGAGCCAGUUUCAUCUUAGCGCAUGAUGGUUUUUGCGACUGCACUUGAAGAAACUUUCAAAAUUCUUGACAUUUUCCGUAUUGACUGACCUUCCGGAAAUAGCCUUCAUUUCUCAGAACAAGAAUAGACUGACAAGUUUCAGAAGGAAGUUCUUUGUUUCUGGCCAUUUUGAGCCUGUAAUCGAACCCACAUUUGCUGUUGCUCCAGAUACUCAACUAGUCUCAAGAAGGCCAGUUUUAUUGUUUCUUUAAUCAGCACAACAGUUUUCAGCUGUGCUAACAUAAUUGCAAAAGGGUUUUCUAAUGAUCAAUUAGCCUUUUUAAAAUGAUAAACUUGGAUUAGCAAACACAACGUGCCAUUGGAACACAGGACUGAUGGUUGCUGAUAAUGGGCCUCUGUACGCCUAUGUAGAUAUUCCAUUAAAAAUCAGCUGUUUCCAGCUACAAAAGCCAUUUACAACAUUAACAAUGUCUACACUGUAUUUCUGAUCAAUUUGAUGUUAUUUUAAUGGACAAAAAAAUUGCUUUUCUUUCAGCUGCUUCUCUCUCCCUUUGUCUUAUUCCCUCUAUCUCCUUUUCUAGUCACAUAAGUUUUUUAUUUAUUUUUAAUCGUUUAUUGCUGUAACUAUGACUAGCCCAGAUGUCUGUCAUGACUUGGCCUGGUUCCUCCCCAUUCUAACCUACCUGUUGUGUCUCUGCUUGUGUUCCCCAGGAGAGAGAGGCUGUACGUUCUGUGGUGGUCUUGGUCAUCGUAUCACAGACUGUCCCAAACUGGAGGCCAUGCAGACCAAACAGGUCACCAACAUCGGACGCAAAGACUACCUGGCACACAGCUCCAUGGACUUCUGAAUUUACUUUACAGAAUACCAGCACCUACUUGGAGGACUCAGAAUACUGUCACCUACUUAUGCUGUGCCUGGUGUGGUUUGCCAGGUACAAUGGGACCAAUUGGGAUUGUCCCAAAAGGAUUGUCACCUGAAAUAUGUGUUGACAGAUGAUUUUGACCCAGCAGCUCUGCUUGAUAUCCAUGGCUCUGUGAGACUGACAUGGUUAUGAUGUGAGACUGACAUAGUUCUGAUGGCCCAGUUUCUCAGAGCAGUUUUGGAAUAGAGGAAGUAACAUGUAUUUUUUUAUUGUUGCCCAACAUUGUCCCCAGGGCUGGUAAGAUGAAGACAGAAAGGCUCUGUGGGUAUAAAAGGCUACAGCUUGGUUGAACUAUUUUUGUGCAACUCUGAAUUUCUCUUCCAUCUGUUUUAUUAUUUGCUGUUUUGUAUUAAAAUAAAUGUACAUUUCUCUGCAACGCUAUUGUAAUGUUAAUAAACCAAUUUGACAAACCACA